AUGAACGUAAUGUUUGCUCCGCGCCAAAAUCAGUCAAAUAAUGGUUAUUUGGUUGAAUUCAAGGCUGGUCGCUCGUUGAUUCAUGCCGGUUCAACUGCUGAUAAGCGAAAAAUCGUCGCCGAUAAGACGAAGGGAACGAUAUUCAUAAAGCAAUCGAGUGAUCAGUUAAUGCACUUUUGUUGGCGUAAUCGUGAGACUGGAGCCGUGGCUGAUGAUUUGAUAAUAUUCCCUGGUGAUACAGAAUUUGUUCAUGUAAAAGAAUGUUCUGAUGGGCGUGUAUAUAUGUUAAAAUUCAAAAGCACUGAUGAGCGUCGUGUAUAUUGGAUGCAAGAUGGCAAAAACGAUAAAGAUGAAGAAAAUUGUAAAAAGGUGAAUGAUAUUCUUAAUAAUCCACCAACUUCUCGAGCCAGCGAACGAAGUGCUGGAUCGACAUUUGGCUCACUUGCAGCUUUGAGUGGUUCUGGUGUUGAUGGAGAUUUGGGAGCGUUGGGUAAUCUCGAUCAGAGUCAAUUGAUGCAACUUCUUUCACUUAUGAACCAUUCGGGGCAAAGUUCUAAUGCUGAUUCAUCUAAUUUGAUGUCUGCUGGUUCUGGAACAGCAACGUUCUUUAUUUUUUAUUUUCAUUCCGAUUUGAUAAAUCUGAAAUAUCUAAAUUCAGAGGGAAUGCUUAAUGUUCACGAGGAAUUGGAAAAAACUAUCCGCACACCCCAGUUUCGCCAAGCAGUAGAUAUAUUUGGCCAUGCACUACAAACCGGUCAGUUGGCACCAGUCUUGCAGCAGUUUGGUUUGCCACCAGAAGUAACAAAUGCAGCGGCUGAAGAAGAAACGAACGAAAGUUUUCUUCAGUCACAAGAGCAAAAGAAAGAACCAACAAUAGAGAAUGAAUCAAAAAUGGAAGAUGAUAUGGAUGUUGAUUAA